AUGCAGAGGGAGGAAUGGAUCCUUGGACUCACUAUGGGUCCUUUGGGAAACAGAGCUGAUCCUGUAGUGGAGAUGACGAUUAAGGCCACCCCUAAUGAACAAGAUCAUGUAGAGAUGAUGGGGUUAUUUCAUACUCUUGAGAACAGACUGAAAGACGAAUUACUACACCAGGCUUCAAGGAAACCUGGGAAGACUCACACAGAGGAUGAUGAUCAGUCCUAUAACACCAAAUAUUUUACCAAUACCAGGUAUAGAACUAAACAAAAAUCCAAACAUCAAGGAACACCCAAACCACAGGAAACCAUGAAACCCAAGGAGACAACAACAACAAAAAUUAUCACAGAUAAAAAAGAGCAUACUGAGGAGAGUAAUGAAUUGAUAACCCCAAAGAAAACUCCUAAAACUGACACUGCAGUGGGUUUUUGCACAAAAAAAACAAAGGAAUCCAAACCUUUUGACAACUCUCAAUCAGGAGAAACGUCUUCUGUAGAGACCAAACAUCAAAAUGUGAAAGCACCUUCCAAUUUUUACCCUGUUUUUGCUCAAGGGCCGCACAUCCAGGUUUUUCAAGACCCAGUCUUUGAAGAAUUUAAGCAGGAACAUGUUACCACUCUAUCAAGCUACCUUCGAGACUCUACGCAGUUAAUUGAACAACUUCUCACUAUGUCUUGGGAACCAGGUAUCCAUUUUGUCACCUGUGAUUUAACAUCCCUAUACACCAAUAUUAGGCAUAACAUCGGGAUACAGUGUGUGAAAGAGUUUCUAGAUAUUGAUCCGGACCUCACCAAGGCUCACAGAGACUUUAUCAUUGAUGGGCUGAAAUUCAUUUUGGAAAAUAAUUUCUUCCUUUAUAACAAACGGGUGUUUCACCAAAGGAAUGGGACUGCGAUGGGGUCAAAAGUCGCCCCAUGGUAUGCAAAUCUAUUUAUGGGGGCAUUCGAGACAGAACUAAUUACUAAUGACCCCGAAUUCUCUCCAUACAUAGUAACUCAUCGCCGUUACAUUGAUGAUCUCUUCUUCUUAUGGAAGGGUCCUGAGACAUCAAUAGAUGCUUUUCUUGUGAAACUUAAUUCUAACAACUGGGGUAUAAAGUUCACCCUGGAGCACAGUGAGCGGAGCAUCACUUUCUUGGAUCUCAAUAUCUCCCAUGAUAAUAAAAGAUUUGUCACCUCCACACAUUUUCAGUCCGUAGAGGUUAACAGUUAUCUUGAGUUUGAUAGCGCACAUUACAAACCAUGGUUAAGGAAUGUACCAUCUUGGCAAUAUAAACGGAUAAAGAAAAACUGUACGGAUGAUGAAACCUUUAGAAUGCAAGCAAAUAUCCUAACGAAUAGGUUCAGGGAAAAGAAAUAUCCUAAAUCUAUUAUACAGGGUGCAUUUAUGAAGUCAAGUCCACUUGAAACAGCAGUUGCCUUAUUGUGUCCAUCUCUCUCAUCCACAGUAUUUCUCCCGCUGGUACUAUGGUUAUUGCCAGGAAGAGUGAAGACUGAUCUGAGCACUUUGCAGAAUUGUCUUGCAGACCCAGAAUAUGAUGAGUUAUUGGACAUUGCCAAAAAUGGCUUAUCAGGUACCAAGACAGUCCAUCGUAAAAACAUUGUGAUUGUUGGUGCUGGAAUGGCUGGACUCUCUGCUGCCAAAACAUUACAAGAUGCCGGACACAGGGUGACUGUGCUGGAAGCCGACAGCCGUGUUGGAGGUCGUGUAAGGACACAUAGAGAUCCAGAGGGCUGGUAUGCAGAACUGGGGCCCAUGCGUCUGCCGGAGUCUCACAGGAUCGUACGUGAGUACAUUAGAAAGCUCAAUCUGAAGUUGAGACCUUUUCUUUCAUCCGAUGAGGACACUUUUUAUUUGUUCAACAAUGUCAAAAAAUUGGAUAAGGACGUGAUGAAGGAACCAAAUCUGUUUGGAUUUGAUCUAUCACCAAAUGAAGAAAAGAAAUCUGUGGACGAUCUGUAUUACAGCCUGAUAAAUAAGGUCAUCGCGAAAGCACAUGGAAAUUGUUCUGAACUUAUGGAUGAAUUUGACCAAGCAUCCAGACAGUCUUUUCUAGUAGAUGAAGGACAUCUAAGUGCAGGAGCCAUUCAGAUGAUCGGACACUACAAGAAUGCCAAUGGAAACUUCUUCAUAUCAUUCUUGGAAUCAGCAAUGUCUAUGUUUAAUGGCAGCAGAUUAGAUGAGAUCAUUGGUGGCUUCGACCAGUUGCCCCAAGCAUUAGCCAGCCUCCUGGGUAAUGUCAUCAGACUAAAUUCCACCGUGGUCAAAGUUAUGCAGAAACACAAAUCUGUGGUUGUCCAUUAUCGGAAAAACAAGUCCUCCGCUCUCACCAGCAUAUCUGCAGACUACGUCCUCAUCACCUCCACCGCCAGGGCCACCAGACGUAUAGCCUUCAGUCCUCCACUGAGUAAUGACAAGUACAAUGCUCUGAGCUUCGUUCACUAUACAAGUGCCACAAAGAUUCUUCUGAGCUGCAACGAGAGAUUCUGGGAGAAGGAUGGGAUAGUCGGUGGAAAAAGUACUACUGAUCGACCAUCUCGUAACAUCUACUACCCAAGUCAUAACUUCACCAAUGGAAGAGGCGUCCUCCUGGCAUCGUACACUCUAGAAGACGAUUCAAGGUUCUUUCUAGCACUCAGUGAUGAGGAUUGUGUUGAUGUUGUCCUGGAAGACUUGUCAAUAAUCCACAAAAGAUCAAAGGAGGAGCUGAGAAAACUCUGCCCGAAGUUUGUGGUAAAGAAGUGGAGUCUGGAUCCAUAUUCCAUGGGAGCAUUUGCCUUUUUCACACCGUAUCAGUUUGGAGACAUGUAUGAAUGGUUAUCCAAACCAGAAGGCAGAAUCUACUCUGCUGGGGAGCACACGUCAUUUCCUCAUGGCUGGAUCGAUACCGCUAUUAAGAGUGGUCUGAAGGCAGCAAGAGAUAUUCAUAAGGACUCCUUUAGGUUUUUCCAUUGAUAGAUUUCUU